UAUAUGUGACUUUGAUGCGAUAUUUGCUUUCGGUAUUUUGUCAAAGUGUUAUUACGUUUUUAUGCAAAAAAACUCAUGUUGACAAAUUCCGCUGGAACACGCACAAAUCAGAUGUAUGUUACAGAUGUCUCGACGUGACGCUGGAUGAAUGGGGCAUAACGGGGAGGGGCAUAAAUUCAUUCAUGGCGAAUCGGCACAUUCUGUACAAAUUGUGGGACCCAUGAUGCACUGGAAAGUGAAAGAAAGCAGAGACUCGGGGUCGGGGAGACUUAUUGACUGAUUUUGAUGUUUACAUUUCCUGAUCAUUUGAGGCUCUCUGGCCUAACAGACGACAUGGACGACUCCCUCCUUGUGACGAUUGAAGAACAGUUUCUUGCCAUGCUACCAGUCAGGAACUUUGUGUGGAUGUUUUCAGAUCAGUUUGUGGCGAACACUCUCCAAAACAUGGACGCACAGCUGUCGGUACUCAGAGUGACGGUAAAAUCAGACGUGUGUAAGAAGUACCCUCCCUCACUGAAAUACCAACAGUCUUUCCUCAAGUCUCUCAUACAAAAGUGUGAGGAAAACAAUCAUGAGGUGGUUGAUGACCUGUAUGAGACCUACACAGAACUGCUGAGCCAACCACAGUCAGAGACCCAGGACCACUGCUAUAGGACAUACAUACUGUUUGGUGCAAGUUGUGCAGUGACCCUGAAGGAGUCGGUCAGCUUGAUAUCUCAGGGUACCACAGGGCUAAACACCUGGCCUGCUGCAAGCUGCCUGACAGAAUGGGUAGUGGAGAACAAGGAGGUGUUCUCUGGAAGAGCUGUUUUAGAACUUGGCAGUGGCAUGGGGCUCACUGGUCUUGCUGUCUGCAAACUCUGCCAACCCACCAGCUAUGUCUUCUCAGACUGCCAUGCUAGUGUUCUGAGAGGUCUACGAGAGAACAUUGCCAUUAAUGUUCCAGGGUCUGACUUGAGUGAAUGUCUUAGGAAAGCUUUGCCCCAAAGGUCAGGCACCCCAGUCCACCAGAGCGGACAUGAGAAUGAACCAGUCAUAACUGUGGAAUGCAUUGACUGGGAAGCAGUGGAUGAGAAGGAUGUCAAGAGGUUGAAUGCUGGACUUACAUUAGCAGCAGAUGUGGUGUACGACACUCGAAUCAUUGAGCCAUUAGUCCACCUGCUGCAUAUGUUACUGCGAUGUCAGGGUGAUGGUCAAGGAAGGCCUGUAGCAGUUGUGGCAUCCACUGUCAGAAAUGAGGAAACAUAUGCUGCAUUCCUUGAGGCUCUCAAAAGACGACACAUUCUGAUCGAAAAGCUCCAUGGUCCAAACAACAAGACACUGCACUAUGACCGUAGCUGCCCAAUUCAGCUGUUGCGUUUGAGCCAGGAGGUUACACAACAGACCUUGGUACACAGACCAAGUUCAGGUAUCAUCAGUUCACCAGAGCCUACUCUAAACGUUUAACUUGUGUGAAACGUUUAUGUGACCCCAACACUAAAGAAGGCCAAAGCUGCUGAUUGGUUGACACCUGUCUACUAAUACAGGCAAACACCUGUAGACACCUGUUGAAAAAUUUGAGGUCAAGAUGUAGGUGUCUUGCAUAAUUAAUUGCUAAAUCUGUACUCCUAUGCUUUGUCUCAUUAUUUUACAGCAUGUAGGAACAUUCAGAUUCUAACUUUUUAUCUAAUGAAUAGUCUUGCUUACCCGUACAAAUGGGUGGCUGGUACGGUAUUUGUCUUCACCCUCCAAUGCAGUAUAUUGACAUCAACUCUCAAUCAAUGUGCCAUUAAAUUUUACAAUCUAAAUGAUGAAGAAUAAUCCAAUGAUACCAAUGCUGGUUUUCAAUUAUAAAUAAAUAUCUCUAUGUACAGUUCAGAAAGAUACAAUGAUAUGAACAUUUUUUUACUUAAAAACUCUUCUCUUCUGUACAUAAGUUGGCCCAAGUACACAAAUAUAGCUAAACAGAGAAAAAGCAACAGCACACAAUUAAGCUAGAUUCUUUUAUAAAGAAGGAAUGAACAUCAGAAAAAGUCAGUCAACGUAUCCUUAUUUCAAAUAGUAAAUUAUACUUGACUAUAGUAAAACAAAUACCCAAUUGACCGAACCUGCUCUACAAUUAAGUCUUGUGGUGGUGAGGGAUGAAAUUCGGUGGACCUAUAGAGGGUUUGCGUAGCCGCCAUCUUGCAGGCCAGUGCUUUUUGUUCCACAGGGUAUGUACAAAGGAAACUUCCCUGUGGUACAGAAGAGCUGCACUGCAACAUGGCUACCAUGCAAAGCCUCUGUUCAACCAAUCUGUCAAGUGACAGAGCCAAACAAGUAGCCCACAGCGCCCUCUGCAGUUGACGGUUCAAUCACAUGAUCUUGAAGGCCAUGUGCCCUGCUGUGCCUUGCUGACACCACUAUGGCUGUGAAACUUUGAAAUUUUCAAGGGCAUCACCCUUGCUUGCCUCGGUAAAGAUGUCAAAAAUUACAUGCAGUGUAUCUGCUCACGAUAAAGAGAAAUUUAACACUCCAAAUACGAUGGUUCUUCAUUUGCCUGCUUUUAGGGCACUACAGAAUUGGACAACAGGGGUUAAGUCCAGGGCUGUUAGACAAGAACAGAUACUAAUUAUACACAGGAUUCUUGAAUAUAACGAUUCAUGGAUUCUAGUUCGACUGACCCGGCACGGGUAAAAAUACUGCAAUGAUUAAUGCAACUGGAAUGUUGACACAUUCAAGUUACCUUUAUAUUCUACUUCAGCUUAUCAUUACGAAAGUUUUUCCCCCCUCUGUUGGUUGGAAUUAGAAGUUGCCCAGUUCACACACACACAAAAUGACAUUCGACCUGUGAAAACAUAAAACAUUGUUUCUAAGCUGGCAAUCACAGGUGUUCUGUCGCAGCACUG